AUGGCGCAUCAUCAGAGAAGGCGCGCUGCUGUUGUCUCUUUCGGCAUUUAAAAUAAUCCAGCAGAGAGGUGCAGACUACCUGCACGCACAUACUUCUUAUUAGCUGGAACCCAGGCUGAAAGGAUUCAGCUUUUGUAUUUUUAUGCAGAAGCCUUUGGGGUGAAAUUACGCAAGGUCUGCACUGAUGGAGAUAGUUAAGCUUGUUCUGAUACUCGUGCUGCUUCUGACAAAUGUUUUCUGUCAAAAAAUUGAAGUUGACAAUUGGACAGAAAGCGGCGAAGAGAACAAGUGGCCCAACUCUGGAGUAAUUCAAGACAUAUUAGUGAGAAUGAUCAGAAAACCAGGACCACGCCAAUAUCUCGGACUCAUGGGGAAGAAAGACUCUGCAAAAACGCAGACAGCUCGUAAACGGCACAAAUUUCAAACCUUUGUGGGUCUGAUGGGUAAAAGGAGCUUUGAGGAUAAAGGAGCCCUGUGAGCUGCACAGAGGACUGAAGUUUACUGAAGAAAACUACAUGUGUUUUGUUUCAUUUCAGAUCGACUACAAAAAAAAGUUUUAUUUUGUCGAAUCAGUCUGUCAUUGUCUCAUAAAAAUGUCACAUCUAACAGUGGAGUCUGGCACCGUUGGCAAAGCUGAUGACACUUUUAGGCAACCAGUGACAUCUAGUGGGGGAAAUAAAGCGGUGAAAAAAAACACUGGAAAUAUUAAAUGAUCACUGAAACUUAAUGUAACGGUAGUAAAAUAGUGUCAUGUAAAAUCACCAUCAUUUCAAACUAACUGACUGCAUCAUUUUCCACAAUAAAACCAAUUCACUUCUCAAUAUCAUCACAGGUUUAUUAAGUGACUUUGUACAAUACAAAUGAAAAAUAAAAUUAAAAAUAUAGAGAUGGAGUACAUAGCCAAAGCAAAUUGCGGUGUUGACUCUUCAUUUCCCACUGACCCAUUUCCGCAGAGUGACUGAAAUAUUGUUUUCUUUUCCAACACGUCCAGGAUCACUGUUAUAUGUGAAAGUGUGGUUGUUUG